GGCUUCUCCCCGCCCUCUCGGUCCGUGGGCACCGCCACCUGGUCUAAAGAGUCCCCCAAGGGGACCUAGAGGCUCCGCUCAGGCCGGGAGCGAACUGUGGGGACGCAGAGGGCUCGCGGGCCAGGGAGGAGGAGCGAAGGUGUAGGACAGAACUUCGCCAGGAACAGGAAACCUACUGCUGGGCAGGGGCGGCGACGGCGGCGCGGGGCCAUCGCAGUGUCCCCAGCGGUGGCCUCGCUGCCGCUCCUCGAGCAGAGCUGCUUGGACCCCUCUGACCCAGCGGGCCUGAGCUCACCCUUGCGUGCAGCGGAGACAGCAGGGACAGCCACAGGAGCGUGAAGCAGCAUGUCUGACAAAAUGUCCAGCUUCCUCUACAUUGGGGACAUCGUGUCCCUGUACGCGGAGGGCUCGGUCAAUGGCUUCAUCAGCACCCUGGGGUUGGUGGAUGACCGUUGUGUGGUGCACCCAGAGGCGGGAGACCUUGCCAACCCACCCAAGAAGUUCAGAGACUGCCUGUUCAAGGUGUGCCCUAUGAAUCGAUACUCUGCCCAGAAGCAAUACUGGAAAGCCAAGCAGGCGAAACAGGGGAACCAUACAGAGGCUGCCCUGCUGAAGAAGCUCCAGCAUGCUGCAGAGCUGGAACAAAAACAGAAUGAGUCGGAGAACAGGAAACUUUUGGGAGAAAUCGUGAAAUACAGCAACGUUAUCCAACUGCUGCACAUAAAAAGCAACAAGUACCUGACGGUGAACAAGAGGUUACCUGCCUUGCUGGAGAAGAAUGCCAUGCGAGUGUCACUGGAUGCUGCAGGGAACGAAGGCUCCUGGUUCUACAUCCAUCCGUUCUGGAAGCUGAGAAGCGAGGGUGAUAAUAUCGUCGUAGGAGAUAAAGUCGUUCUGAUGCCUGUAAAUGCUGGGCAGCCCCUGCAUGCCAGCAACGUGGAGCUCUUGGACAACCCAGGCUGCAAAGAGGUGAAUGCUGUUAAUUGUAACACUAGCUGGAAAAUCACUUUAUUCAUGAAAUUCAGUUCCUAUCGAGAGGAUGUAUUAAAGGGGGGUGAUGUUGUGAGACUCUUUCAUGCGGAACAAGAGAAAUUUCUGACCUGUGAUGACUAUGAGAAAAAACAGCACAUUUUCCUUCGGACGACCUUGCGUCAAUCAGCAACUUCGGCCACUAGUUCUAAAGCACUCUGGGAAAUAGAGGUGGUUCACCACGAUCCAUGCCGCGGAGGUGCGGGACAGUGGAACAGCCUGUUCAGGUUUAAGCAUCUUGCCACUGGGAACUACUUAGCUGCAGAGCUUAAUCCUGACUAUCGAGAUGCUCAAAAUGAAGGAAAAAAUGUGAAAGACGGGGAGAUUCCAACACCAAAGAAAAAACGCCAGGCAGGGGAGAAGAUCAUGUACACCCUGGUUUCAGUCCCACACGGAAAUGACAUCGCGUCCCUUUUUGAACUUGAUGCCACAACUCUGCAGAGAGCCGACUGCCUGGUUCCGAGGAACUCCUACGUGCGGUUAAGGCACUUGUGCACCAACACCUGGGUAACAAGCACCACCAUCCCCAUAGACACAGAGGAAGAGAGGCCUGUCAUGUUGAAAAUUGGGACCUGCCAGACCAAGGAAGACAAAGAAGCCUUUGCCAUUGUGUGCGUCCCGCUGUCUGAGGUCCGUGACUUGGACUUUGCCAACGAUGCCAACAAAGUGCUGGCCACCACGGUGAAGAAGCUGGAGAAUGGCAGCAUCACACAGAACGAGAGGAGGUUUGUGACUAAGUUGUUGGAAGACCUCAUUUUCUUUGUGGCUGAUGUGACCAACAAUGGGCAGGACGUUCUGGAUGUGGUCAUCACCAAGCCAAACCGGGAACGGCAGAAACUAAUGAGGGAACAGAAUAUACUGGCACAGGUGUUUGGGAUCCUUAAAGCACCUUUCAAGGAGAAGGCUGGAGAAGGUUCGAUGCUGAGGCUGGAGGACCUGGGCGACCAGCGCUACGCCCCGUACAAGUAUGUGCUGCGUCUCUGCUACCGUGUGCUGCGGCAUUCGCAGCAGGACUACAGGAAGAACCAGGAGUACAUUGCUAAGAACUUCUGCGUUAUGCAGUCCCAGAUCGGCUAUGAUAUCUUGGCAGAAGAUACGAUUACAGCCUUGUUACACAACAACCGCAAACUACUGGAGAAACACAUCACAGCCAAAGAAAUUGAGACUUUCGUCAGCCUGCUCAGGAGGAACCGGGAGCCGAGGUUUCUGGACUAUUUGUCUGACCUCUGUGUGUCCAAUAGCACGGCCAUCCCCGUCACUCAGGAACUCAUCUGCAAAUUCAUGCUGAGCCCUGGCAAUGCGGACAUCCUCAUUCAGACAAAGCUGGUGUCCAUGCAAGUGGAGAACCCCAUGGAGAGCUCCAUCCUUCCUGAUGACAUUGACGAUGAGGAGGUCUGGCUUUACUGGAUUGACAGCAACAAGGAGCCUCACGGCAAGGCCAUCAGGCACCUUGCCCAGGAAGCCAGGGAAGGCACCAAAGCUGACCUGGAAGUUCUGACCUAUUACAGGUACCAGCUAAACCUCUUUGCAAGGAUGUGCUUGGACCGCCAGUAUCUGGCCAUCAACCAGAUUUCAACACAGUUGUCCGUAGACCUGAUCCUGCGGUGUGUGUCUGACGAGAGUCUGCCCUUUGACCUCAGAGCAUCUUUCUGCCGACUCAUGCUCCACAUGCACGUUGACCGCGACCCCCAGGAGUCUGUAGUGCCUGUUCGCUAUGCCCGCCUCUGGACCGAAAUCCCCACAAAGAUCACGAUUCAUGAGUAUGACUCCAUUACAGACUCUUCCAGAAAUGACAUGAAGAGGAAGUUUGCCCUGACGAUGGAAUUUGUCGAAGAAUAUUUGAAAGAAGUUGUAAAUCAACCAUUUCCUUUUGGAGACAAAGAGAAAAAUAAACUGACAUUUGAGGUGGUUCACCUAGCCCGGAACCUCAUCUAUUUCGGAUUCUACAGCUUCAGCGAGUUACUGCGGCUGACGAGAACUCUGCUGGCGAUCCUAGACAUCGUCCAGGCCCCCAUGUCCUCAUAUUUCGAAAGAUUAAGCAAGUUCCAAGAUGGAAGCAACAAUGUCAUGAGGACCAUCCACGGAGUGGGAGAGAUGAUGACACAGAUGGUGCUCAGCAGAGGCUCCAUCUUCCCAGUGAGUGUGCCCGACGCACAGCCCAUCGUCCACCCCAGCAAGCAGGCGAGCCCCGGCGAGCAGGAGGAUGUGACAGUGAUGGACACCAAGCUGAAGGUUAUCGAGAUUUUACAGUUCAUCCUGAGCGUCAGGCUGGACUACCGGAUCUCUUACAUGCUGUCCAUAUACAAGAAGGAAUUUGGAGACAACAACGACAAUGGUGACCCCUCUGCCAGCGGCACCCCAGACACACUGCUACCAUCAGCUCUUGUCCCUGACAUCGACGAGAUUGCGGCUCAGGCAGAAACAAUGUUCGCUGGAAGAAAAGAAAAAACUCCAGUUCAGCUUGAUGAUGAAGGAGGCAGGACGUUCUUACGCGUCCUCAUCCACCUGAUCAUGCACGACUAUGCUCCGCUGCUGUCCGGAGCCCUGCAGCUGCUCUUCAAGCAUUUCAGCCAGAGAGCAGAAGUGCUUCAGGCCUUUAAACAGGUGCAGUUACUAGUGUCGAACCAAGAUGUUGAUAACUACAAGCAAAUCAAGGCAGACCUCGACCAACUUCGGCUGACGGUGGAGAAAUCUGAGCUGUGGGUAGAAAAGAGCGGCAGCUAUGAGAAUGGAGAUGUGGGUGAGGGCCAGGCCAAAGGAGGCGAAGAGGCAAAUGAGGAAUCCAACCUCUUGAGCCCGGUGCAGGAUGGCGCGAAGACACCUCAGAUCGACAGCAACAAGGGCAACAACUACCGGAUCGUCAAGGAGAUCUUGAUUAGGCUGAGUAAGCUCUGUGUGCAGAACAAGAAAUGCCGUAAUCAACACCAGCGGCUGCUGAAAAACAUGGGGGCUCACUCCGUGGUGCUGGACCUUCUGCAGAUCCCCUAUGAGAAGACCGACGAGAAGAUGAACGAGGUGAUGGACUUAGCCCACACCUUCCUGCAGAACUUCUGCCGUGGGAAUCCGCAGAACCAAGUUCUCCUUCACAAGCAUCUCAAUCUGUUCCUAACUCCUGGCCUCCUGGAGGCAGAAACCAUGCGGCACAUCUUCAUGAACAAUUAUCACCUGUGCAACGAGAUCAGCGAGAGGGUGGUCCAGCACUUCGUGCACUGCAUUGAGACACAUGGCCGCCAUGUGGAGUACCUGAGGUUCCUGCAGACGAUCGUGAAAGCAGAUGGCAAAUACGUGAAGAAAUGCCAGGACAUGGUGAUGACGGAGUUGAUCAAUGGGGGCGAGGAUGUGUUGAUAUUCUACAAUGACAGAGCUUCAUUUCCCAUCCUCCUCAACAUGAUGUGCUCUGAGAGAGCCCGUGGGGACGAGAGCGGCCCCCUCGCCUACCACAUCACCCUUGUGGAGUUGCUGGCAGCGUGCACCGAAGGCAAAAAUGUCUACACAGAAAUCAAGUGCAAUUCUCUCUUGCCUCUGGACGACAUAGUGAGAGUGGUGACCCACGAUGACUGCAUUCCUGAGGUCAAAAUCGCGUACGUGAACUUUGUCAACCAUUGCUACGUUGACACUGAAGUGGAGAUGAAGGAGAUCUACACAAGUAACCACAUUUGGAAGUUAUUUGAGAAUUUCUUGGUGGAUAUGGCGAGGGUCUGUAACACCACCACAGACAGGAAACACGCAGACACCUUUCUGGAGAGGUGUGUGACAGAGUCAGUCAUGAACAUUGUGAGCGGCUUCUUCAACUCGCCAUUUUCCGACAACAGUACCAGCCUCCAGACCCACCAGCCAGUCUUUAUCCAGCUGCUGCAGUCUGCCUUCAGAAUUUACAACUGUACCUGGCCCAACCCAGCCCAGAAAGCCUCCGUAGAAUCCUGUAUCAGAGCCCUGGCUGAAGUGGCCAAAAACCGUGGGAUUGCGAUCCCAGUCGAUUUGGACAGCCAGGUCAACACGCUCUUCAUGAAGAACCACUCAAGUACGGUGCAGAGGGCAGCCAUGGGCUGGAGACUCUCAGCUCGCUCUGGACCUCGCUUCAAGGAAGCUCUUGGAGGACCAGCCUGGGAUUACAGAAAUAUUAUUGAAAAGUUACAGGAUGUCGUGGCCUCCCUGGAACAGCAGUUCAGCCCCAUGAUGCAGGCCGAGUUCUCUGUGCUUGUGGAUGUGCUGUACAGCCCGGAGCUACUGUUCCCAGAGGGAAGCGACGCCAGGAUCCGAUGUGGUGCCUUCAUGUCCAAGCUGAUUAAUCACACAAAGAAACUGAUGGAGAAAGAAGAAAAGCUGUGCAUUAAAAUCCUCCAGACUUUACGGGAGAUGCUGGAGAAGAAAGACAGCUUCAUGGAAGAGGGUAGCACAUUACGGCGAAUCCUCCUGAAUCGGUACUUCAAGGGUGAUCAUAGCAUUAGUGUGAACGGACCUCUGUCAGGAGCCUAUGCCAAGACAGCACAAGUGGGAGGAAGCUUCUCUGGACAGGAUUCAGAUAAGAAGGGCAUUUCAAUGUCCGAUAUCCAGUGUUUGCUGGACAAAGAAGGAGCAUCCGAACUUGUCAUCGAUGUCAUUGUGAACACCAAAAACGACAGGAUCUUUUCCGAAGGAAUUUUGCUUGGCAUUGCCUUGCUGGAAGGAGGAAACACACAGACCCAGUAUUCUUUCUACCAGCAGUUGCAUGAACAAAAAAAGUCAGAGAAAUUUUUCAAAGUCCUUUAUGAUCGGAUGAAGGCUGCUCAGAAAGAGAUCAGAUCCACGGUGACCGUCAACACCAUAGACUUAGGGAGCAAGAAGAGAGAAGAGGACAGUGACGUCAUGGCCCUGGGCCCUCGGAUGAGAGUGAGAGACUCAUCACUACAUUUGAGAGAAGGAAUGAAAGGGCAGUUAACAGAAGCGUCUUCAGCCACAUCCAAAGCAUACUGUGUGUACAGAAGAGAGAUGGACCCGGAAAUAGACACAAUGUGCCCGGGACAGGAAGCAGGAAGUGCGGAGGAAAAGUCUGCGGAGGAAGUUACCAUGAGCCCGGCCAUCACCAUCAUGCGUCCCAUCCUCAGGUUCCUGCAGUUACUGUGUGAGAAUCAUAACCGGGAGCUUCAGAACUUCUUGAGGAACCAGAACAACAAAACAAACUACAACCUUGUCUGUGAAACGCUUCAGUUCCUGGACUGUAUCUGCGGAAGUACCACAGGGGGUCUAGGCCUGCUGGGGCUCUACAUCAAUGAGAGGAAUGUAGCUCUGGUCAACCAGACUCUGGAGAGCUUGACCGAGUACUGCCAAGGCCCGUGCCACGAGAACCAGACCUGUAUCGCCACUCACGAAUCCAAUGGGAUUGAUAUCAUCAUCGCCUUGAUUCUGAAUGACAUCAACCCCCUGGGCAAGUACAGAAUGGACUUGGUGUUGCAGCUGAAGAACAACGCCUCCAAGCUUCUGCUGGCCAUUAUGGAGAGCAGACAUGACAGUGAGAAUGCAGAGAGAAUUCUUUUCAACAUGAGACCCAGGGAACUGGUGGAUGUCAUGAAGAAUGCCUAUAACCAAGGCCUGGAAUGUGACCAUGGGGACGAGGAGGGAGGGGAUGAUGGUGUUUCUCCAAAAGACGUUGGACACAACAUCUACAUUCUGGCCCAUCAGUUGGCCCGCCACAACAAACUGCUGCAGCAGAUGCUCAAGCCGGGAUCUGACCCAGAGGAAGGGGAUGAAGCUUUGAAGUAUUACGCCAACCACACCGCGCAGAUCGAGAUUGUGCGGCAUGACCGGACUAUGGAGCAGAUUGUUUUCCCGGUCCCCAACAUCUGUGAAUUCCUCACUCGGGAAUCCAAGUACCGAGUGUUCAACACAACGGAGAGGGAUGAGCAAGGAAGCAAGGUGAACGACUUCUUCCAGCAAACGGAAGAUCUCUACAACGAGAUGAAAUGGCAAAAGAAGAUCAGAAACAACCCCGCCCUGUUCUGGUUCUCCAGGCACAUCUCACUCUGGGGGAGCAUCUCCUUCAACCUGGCUGUGUUCAUCAACCUGGCUGUGGCUCUCUUCUACCCAUUCGGGGAUGACGGUGAUGAAGGCACACUCUCCCCGAUGUUCUCAGUCCUCCUUUGGGUAGCAGUGGCGAUCUGCACAUCUAUGCUGUUCUUCUUCUCCAAGCCCGUGGGCAUCCGGCCAUUCCUCGUGUCUGUCAUGCUCAGAUCGAUAUACACCAUCGGUCUGGGGCCAACGCUAAUACUACUUGGUGCUGCCAAUCUAUGUAAUAAAAUCGUGUUCCUGGUGAGUUUUGUGGGAAACCGAGGCACAUUCACCAGAGGCUACCGAGCAGUCAUUCUGGACAUGGCCUUUCUUUACCACGUGGCCUAUGUCCUGGUUUGCAUGCUUGGCCUCUUUGUCCACGAGUUCUUCUACAGCUUCCUGCUUUUUGAUUUGGUAUAUAGAGAAGAGACCCUGCUGAAUGUCAUCAAAAGCGUCACACGGAACGGCCGCUCCAUCAUCCUGACCGCGGUCUUGGCUCUUAUCUUGGUCUACCUGUUCUCCAUCAUCGGCUUCCUUUUCUUAAAGGACGACUUCACCAUGGAGGUGGACAGACUGAAAAACAGAACUCCAGUCACAGGUAAUCACGGGGUUCCCACUAUGACCUUAUCUUCCAUGAUGGAAACCUGCCAGAAGGAAAACUGCUCACCCACGAUCCCCUCUUCCAACACAGCCGGCGAGGAAGGUGAGGAUGGCAUAGAAAGGACAUGUGAUACCCUGCUCAUGUGCAUUGUCACCGUGCUGAACCAGGGCCUCAGGAAUGGCGGCGGAGUUGGGGAUGUGCUGAGACGACCCUCGAAAGAUGAGCCCUUGUUUGCUGCCCGGGUAGUCUACGACCUCCUGUUCUUCUUCAUCGUCAUCAUCAUCGUUCUCAACCUGAUCUUUGGAGUGAUCAUUGACACGUUUGCUGACCUCAGAAGUGAGAAGCAGAAGAAAGAAGAAAUCCUCAAGACAACCUGCUUCAUCUGUGGCCUGGAGAGAGACAAGUUUGAUAACAAGACAGUGUCCUUUGAGGAGCACAUCAAGUCAGAGCACAACAUGUGGCAUUACCUGUACUUCAUCGUCCUGGUGAAGGUGAAGGACCCGACAGAAUACACAGGGCCUGAGAGCUACGUGGCUCAGAUGAUCACGGAGAAGAAUUUGGACUGGUUUCCUCGGAUGCGAGCCAUGUCACUUGUCAGCAACGAAGGUGACAGUGAGCAAAAUGAGAUCCGGAACCUGCAGGAGAAGCUGGAGUCUACGAUGAGUCUGGUGAAGCAGCUGUCAGGGCAGCUGGCAGAGCUGAAGGAGCAGAUGACAGAACAAAGGAAAAACAAGCAAAGGCUGGGCUUUCUUGGAUCAAACACACCCCAUGUGAACCAUCACAUGCCACCGCACUGACACCAUGGGGGCACGCCGUGACCAGCCUUUCAUCGGAUGCCUGCCUCAUCACAGAGGGAUGGAGAUGGAGGGGAGCGAACAGUGGCUAUUGUUGAAAAGCUAAAAACAACCAAGUGCCAAGAUGCUGAGCCAUUUAGCUCCCAGAACAAUCCGUAACUGUGUUUGCACGCUUGAGAAGAUUCAAGCUUAGAGAAAAAAAGAAAAAAAGAAAAAAGAAAAAAAAAAACGCAUAGGGCACAGACUCUCUCGGUGGGGCAGGAAGUAGCCAGCCUGAGGGGCUGUUGGGGGUGGGAGAGUCUGGUGUGGAGCAGCAGACCUCCCCCUGCUUGAUCGAUAGGCCUUGGAUUUGUCUCACACGCUGACUGCAGCCUCCGUCAUGGCUGGUUGGAAUUUGUUCGAAUUGUGGCACUCAGGUCAUCGAGACAGGAAGCCACACUCUGCUGGCUAAGUCUGACUAAGAAAAAAAAAAUUUAAAAGAUUAAAAAGGAGAAUUGAAAAGAUGUCAUUAAACUUCUGAACCUUACGUGUUAGCUGGACAUUUUCUUCUUGGCACGAGACACAAUGGGCUCAGAGCACUGCCCCUCAGUGCUUCAGAGUUCAUACCCCACACACUGAAAAACAUAACUGGAUCAGGGUGGCUGUCUCCAGGACUCUGUGCGGGCCUGUGCAAUGAGAAGCUUUCUUAGAACUGGCUAAGAGUGUGCUUAAAGUCACGUGCGUGCUAAGAUGUUAAAGACCUGGAGAAGGGAAGCUUAACCAUAAGGCCCAGGAAGUAAUGUUUUGAGUGCCUAUGCUACUAAAAUAUAUAGGCAUUGAAAGGAAAUCUCGGGGGUGACGCAAACACUCCGAUGGCCUUGCCUUUUAAAAGCAGGUUGGCUUAUAUCUGUGGUGCCUGAGGACCUGAAUGCAGUCCCUGCAGCUGUGGGAGAGAAGUCUAAGAAUUGUAUUGACUACAUAAAAAUACACAACAACAUUUCAAUGGCCUAUUUAAGACUAUUAGAGUAACAGCUUUUCAAGACGUAGGCAGCUCAUAAUUCCUUCCCCCAAACUGUUUUCACGUUGAGUCAUACAACCAGAACUUGUCAAGGGGAAAAAAUAGCCUGGAAGGAGGGAUUUCUCUUGGAGACUCUUCGAGGUGUCAGAGGCAGACAAAUAAUGAAAGUGUGAGGUGGUCUUGUGGUGAGGGGCCACCAGCCAAGACACCACAUGCUGAACCAGAGACCCUCUGGUCUCUAGAUCCUUUAAGCUCUCAGCCACCAAGGGCCAGGUAGGGCUUGUUACAACAACUUUUAAAGCUUUAUGGCAUUUCAAUACAGUUUUAGCUGUUAGCUCCUAAAAAGUAAAAGCAAAAAUAAAUUAAACACUGGAUGUAUAUGAACCCCACUGUACAGGCAGGAACCUGAAUGGCUUACCUUCUAAUUUCAUAGGUGUAGCCUUGGAACCACUGAGACACACUUUUGUAACUAAAUUUACUGGGACUCAACCUCCACAAGGACCACCCGAAGUUACCAAGUGCUCCCAGCCAGGCAAUGCUCCUCCUAGCCUGAAGUGGAAAGGUGCUAAGAUGUCAGUGUACCAUUGACCUUUGACCCUUGUCAGAGACCUGUCUGCAGUUACCUUUAAUUCUUUGCUACAACUUAAAGGGUAUCACCCAAACUAGGCUAAGACAGCCAUGUUUAAAGCCCAGGGCCAGGAACGCUGCAACAGUACAAUCCGCUGGGCAAUCAGAAGGGCAGGUGCUGCUUCGGUCUGCUGUGGCCUGACCGCCCAGCUGUGUGCCAGCAACUCAGAGUUCAGCACUGUGGUUUCCCCUGUGGGAAAUAUCCAAAAGAUUUCAGCUGGUGAGACCCUCACUUUGUCAAAAUUAAAACCUUUUCAGCUGCACUUUUUCUUCCCCUGCACAAGAUGAAAGAUUAUAAAGCAAAAUGUUAAAAACAUCAAACAAAGAAAGGGCACUUUCAAGGACACUGAAUUAAUAAAGAUGUUAAAAAUGAGGGAAUUUGAUGUCAGGUGAGAGUUUAUAUUUGUUAUGCAUGUUUGUUAAUGCAGCUGGAGUAGUUGGCAGACGUUGGGUAUAGUCGGUAUUCUCAUAUGUAUGUAGUGAUAGUAAAAAUACAGUCACCCCUGACUUCUAAGCCAGGGAGGGCUUUUUUAAAUAUUCGGAUUAUUAAAACCCAUACUGGUUAAAAGUCACAGUUCCCGCUGAAUGAUAUUUUUAAUUUUACAGAAGGGUUUGCUCCCAGGUGUGCUCCAUUCUGCAUCUCAAGAGCUUAAUCGAAUACAUUUCCUAAAUUAAAAUGAUUGAGAUUAGAGAUCGUGCACUGUCUAGAGAUAUAACAUGCAAAGAUACCAUUUCUACCCCUUUGUCACAAAGGACUUAGUUUCACAAGUCUGCCAUUUUCUCUCCUCCCCCUCCCCCCCAUGGAUAAAGAUCACCGUUUUUGGUAGAUUGUUGAUAAUUUCAGGAAGCUAGUUCAUUUGAAUCAGAACUGAUAUUGUGUUAAUCCUCAUAUUCCCCACUUCUAAAAGUUGUUUAAUUAGAAACUGUAAAGUGCUGUGGCCCCAUCCCUGGGACUAAGUGUGGGAGUUGAUGAAGAAGACUAAGGACUUCGCUUCCCAAGAUGCUAUUUAAUGGGAAGGGAGGGCCAAGUGCCCAUCCCUGGGACCCAGUAGAUCAGAGUAUUCCUGCCAGAGUAGUAAUGACCUCACAGCUCAGAACCCGUAAGCAUGCAGACAGACGUGCCGUGUGGAAGAGUAACUGUGACAGCUGUUUUAAAGCUAUAUUGCAAUAGUUAUUGUAAUCUUCUGGCCUGGAGACCCCUUCCAAAUGACUGUGAGAUGAGACACAGUUAGCCCAGACGGGGCGGGCAUCUUAAAUCCAGACUGGAUGUCUGCAGAGCCAGGUGAAGAACUAAGCUGCUUGCAGCUCUGAGGCCCUGCCCUGGGCAGGGGCGGGAAGGCUGUGUAAGCCAUGCUAAGCUCGCUGUUUUCAAAGUCUGACAGCCAAUUCCAGAAAACACUCAAGGCUACCUGAGGGCUCAUACUCCCUCACCCUGCUGCUGCCUCUGAAAUAACACUUGAUAGAACUCCUGUGUAGAAGACGCAAUGCCAAAAUCAAAUGGAACUAAGUACGCAUGAGAACCGAGAGCCCCGAAGAGGACUCCAGGUACUCCCCUCCCUCGGAACUGACUCGACUAAUGAAUGAGGUGACUGUGCCAGGCAGGACUCACCUCACCAAAUGGAUUCUCUGUCCUCUGGCAGUAGAGAAUGUCUAUAUCGUCUUUUUAAAAGGUGAUUUUUAACAUGCUGUCAGGACUGGGUAACUUAUAAGUUAAUAUUAAUAAAAUGAAUUUGUGUCUUGUGUGCACCUCA